AUGGAGCGAUUAUUGGCAGGAAUUAUUUCUCUAUGCUCCAUCCCAGCAGCGACUGCGCUGGCCAGCUCCUUCGUCUUCGACAGUUCACUUAUCUCCCAGCAAACCUUCGACGGAGAGAAUUUCCUCAAAUAUGACGGAGUCCGUGGUCCCUACGUGGACCGCGUUUCUUACGGAGUCAGUCGCGACACUCCAGCGCAAUGCUCUGUCGAUCAAGUCAUCAUGAUCAAAAGACACGGCGAACGAUAUCCCGCAUCCGGAGAAGGGGCUUCCAUUGAACAAGCCCUAAAGAAAGUCAACGACACCCUCGCCGAUAACUACACCGGCGAUCUAGCCUUCCUGAAGAAUUGGACCUACUUUGUGCCCUCCGACUGCUACGAGGCCGAGACCUGGACAGGUCCCUAUGCAGGAUUGACGGAUGCCUACAACCAUGGCCUGGAAUAUCGCCAACGCUACGGACACCUCUGGGACGGGGAGUCUAUUCUCCCGUUAUUCACUGCUGACUUCCAACGAGUCAUCGAGACGGCCCAGAAAUUCGGGGAAGGGUUUUUGGGUAACGAUAGCUAUGCGACCAAAGCAGGGCUCAAUAUCAUCUCUGAAUCUAGUGAUCAGGGCGCAGACAGUCUGACUCCGACUUGCCACAAGCAAGAUGAUAAUGCACAGAGUAUCUGCGAUAGCAUGCCAUACUACCUGCCACAAUUUGAUGUAGCGGCAGAUCGACUGAAUGCUCAGUACCCUGGUCUGAACCUCAACUGGACAGACGUGGUUUCACUAAUGCUAAUGACCGCCUACGAGCUAAACACGCGCUCUUCAUCAGACUGGAUCGAGGUCUUCACCACCGACGAAUGGGUCAGUUUCUCCCAUAUCUGGAACGUCAAUUUUUACUACUGCUCUGGCCCCGGAAACUCAUACAUGCGCGCCGUCGGCGCCCUCUACAUCAACGCCACCCUAGCCCUCCUCACCGAAGGCCCCUCCUCCGGCUCUCUCUUCUUCAACUUCGCCCACGACAGCAACAUAACCCCGAUAAUCACCGCCCUCGGCAUCGCCACCCCCUCCACCCCCCUCCCCACCAACCAAAUCCCCUUCCCACCCACCCCCUGGAAAACCGAAGACAUCGUGCCCAUGGGCGGACGUCUCACCAUCGAGCGCCUAAACUGUACCUCCUCCGCGCUCGCCCCAGCCGGGACCUUCGUUCGCCUCGUGCUCAACGAAGCCGUCGUUCCUCUCCAGGAAUGCCAGAAUGGUCCGGGUUAUUCGUGUCCCUUGGCUAAUUAUACGGAGUUUGUGCGUGGACUGCCGUCGUUUGUGUCGGAGUGUGAGGUUCCAGAGUCACAGCCGCAGUAUUUGGGGUUUUGGUGGGAUUAUUCGACGUCUCAGGAGGAGAAUUUUCGGAAAAGGGGGGGGGGGGGUGUAAUGGCUUGGCUUAGGGGGGUGGAAGGAGAAGGAUAA